GUAUUUGCGCGCUGCACCUCCGCCUGCCACACGCUGCGUUCCGAGGCCCCGGAGGACAGAGAGAGAGAGAAGAAAAACACGAGCCACAAUAAUUCAACAUCUGCUGAGCCAUAAGAAGAAUAAGAUUAUGAAACAAUGGACGACUGACGAAUAAGACAUAUUGACUUUACAAUUUCCAGGAGCAGAGCGUUGUUUCGUUCUCUUUUUUGACUCUACACAAUUCCUCCCUCUUUUGUUGGCAAACGAGAGACUUGUGCUUUUGACGUUUUUUUCUUUUGUUUUCAACAACUAAAAACGUUGCAAAGGAUUGUAUAUUUCUUUUUGAUAUUUGUUCAAACAAUCCGGUCAUAGAUAAGUCUUUCUCCUCCAAAGACUUGUCUUGGGGAUGUUGAGCUCCGUGAAGAUGGAAGCACAUGAUCUACCAGAGUGGAAUACUUUCUACAGUGAGGCCAGCGAGCUAUAUUCCUCCCCCAGCAACAUGAACUCUGGUCUGGGCUCCAUGGGCUCCAUGGGCACCAUCAACAGCUACAUCAACUUGAACCCGGCCACCGCCUCCCCAGCGGGCAUGAACAUGGCGUACCCAAGCUCCAGCCUCAGCAGCUCCCCCCUGGCCUCCAUGGGCUCCGGGCCCGGCCACAUGUCCCUCUCCCCGGUGGCCUCGUCACUCGGCUCGGGCCCUCUGAGCCAGCUGGGCCCCGCCGCUCCCGGCUCCCUGGGCUCCCUGGGCUCCCUGACCCACUACCAGAACAUGGGCCAGUCCAUGAGCCAGCUGGGGUACUCCUCCGCCGCACCCCUGAGCCGCGCCGGGCCCAAGGAGUUGCCCCCUAAGCCCUACCGGCGCUCCCUGACCCACGCCAAGCCGCCGUACUCCUACAUCUCCCUCAUCACCAUGGCAAUCCAGCAGAGCGGCAGCAAGAUGCUCACCCUGAACGAGAUCUACCAGUGGAUCAUGGAACUGUUCCCAUACUACCGCGAGAACCAGCAGCGCUGGCAGAACUCCAUCCGCCACUCGCUCUCCUUCAACGACUGCUUUGUGAAGGUGGCGCGCUCGCCGGACAAGCCGGGCAAGGGUUCCUACUGGACCCUGCACCCGCAGUCGGGCAACAUGUUCGAGAACGGCUGCUACCUGAGGCGCCAGAAGCGCUUCAAGAUCGAGGAGAAGCUGGCGAAGAAGGCGGCCAAGAGCCAGGAGGGGGGUUCAGGGAAAGGGGGCCACGGCGGGGAUCACCUCGGGGAGGACCACAGCCCUAUGGGAGGAUCGGAGGGAGCUGACUCCGCCCACUCGGACAACUCCCACCCUGGCUCCUCGGACGACCAGCCGCAACCCCGGAACUCAAUGGGUCCGCUGGACUGCCCGCCGCUGUCCUCCUCACACCUCCACAGCCCGCCCAUCUCCCUGCCUCCGUCCUCCUCCGCGUCGUCCUCCCUGUCCCUGUCGGCCGCCACCUCCUCCAGCCCGCUCCUCCACUCCCAGUCUCUCGUGGGCGGUGGCCACCUCAUGCCCAGCGCCAUGCAGCAGCACAUGGACCUACAUAGCGACGCCCUCAAGUCCCUGGACCCCCACUACAACUUCAACCACCCCUUCUCCAUCACUAACCUCAUGUCCAAUGAGCAGAAGAUGGACCUCAAGUCCUACCAGGACCAGGUGAUGGCCUACAACAGCUACGCCAGCGGCUCCCCCGUGGGGGCCAAGCAGAUCUACGACAGCCAGGGGCCGGCCACCAUGGACUCAGGCGCUUACUACCAAACUCUGUACAGCCGCUCGGUGCUCAAUGCUUCCUAAUGUGGACGCCUUCACCCCCACCCACCCCCGGCCCCCACUCACACACCUGUCUCUUAAGGCGAGCCAAGAUGACUUAUUUCUCUCUCCUGCCUUUUCUAAAAUGGACACCCCUCUUUAUCUUCCUCUUUCUCUCCCUCUCUGGCUCACGUCCAGAGGCCUCAAAAGAGACUUGCAUCUAAAAUGGCUGCCGGGUUUGAGGGGACCAAAGGACAUUUCUUUUUGUUUGACCAACUCUGAAGAAUAUGCAGACUGGUUGGUCACACUGAGGACUUGGAUGUGUGUGUGUGUGUGUGUGUGUGUGCAUGUGUGUGUAUGUGUGUGUGUGUUUCGAUGCCGGAGUCCGACUCUGUCCUGGGGAAAUUGGCUUUGUACAAAAUGUAAAUAGAGGUAAUACGGGGAGGAAAAAAGAACAUUUGCAUUUAUUUAUGAAGGGAAUACAUUUUAAUAUAUCUUGUAUAGCGCUCUGUUGACCAGUUACAACACAAAUGUGAGAGGUUUUUCUUCUUCUAAUCGGAAGACGGAGAGACGCCGGGCGAGUUCCGAGAGGUUACUGCUUCAGGCAGGUGUUACUGCAGUGGGAACCCUUUAGUUCAGUUUAGUUUAGUUUUUUGCGUUACGACAUUUCACACCACGUCCAUCAUUUCCGUCAGAUCAGGCAUUCGUCAAUGUACAUGUAGCGGAUGAAGUCUGCAUUUGUUCUUUUUGGUCGAUAUAAACAAAGAAAAGAAAAAAGAAGCCAUUUUGUCCUCGCUCCGGGGAAACUAAACAAUCUUCUGCAGCCGAAAGGAGGGAAAGCAACUGUGGUCAAAACCAUUGCAAAAAAUAAUAGAAAUACAAAAAAAAACAUGUUGUGUUUAUGUUUUUUUGUUACAGGAGCAUUAAAACCAGAUGCUUUCUCUACAGAAUGUCAGAUUCUGAAUCAGAGAUAGCCGGCAUGCGGGGGGAGCUCAGUCAGUUACUAAAAACAGGAGGAGGGGUAGGAGAGAUGCACUAUGGGAGGAUUUACAUACAGUACUUUGCACUAUGGAGCUCCCGACGGCCAGGUGGGCUGAUAGUGUGUUACAACAAUACUUAGGAGCCCCCCCUCACAAUGUCAAUGCGUCGGCUCAAUGGGAUCAGUGUAACGAUGUCAGCGGGUGUCGAAUGACCAUUCCCCAAAAAGUGCCUUUUUCUUACAUCAAUGCAUCGACGAUCUAUUGAAGGAUUGUCCAGAGGAGGACAUGGAAGGUUCAGGUCACACGGUGUCCUGCUUAUAUUUUAAGUUUCAAAAAUUAAUUGUCUUUUAUUUAAGCUGCGUUGCUUUUCAAACUUUUGAAAGUGUGCUGAUAUAAUAUAUUGUUGUCGUUUUUUUGUCGUCGUUGUUGUUUUUCUGUUGGUUGUAAAUGUGAUUUAAAUGAUUAUUGUUUCAUUUUUCUUAUUAAAAAGGCAAAAAAUGUGGGGAGAAACAUG